AUGCCCUAUCCAACCUUGAUGCCUCUGUGCUCGGCUGGGUUGCCGCUUCAGUCCUGGGCGAACCGCUACUUCAAGGGUUAUUGGCAUCGCGAUAUCCUCGACCUUCACCGGCAGUACGGUUCUGUUGUGCGGAUCUCGCCCAAUGAAGUCAGCAUCGUGAGCCCAGAGCUGGCCAAGACCAUUUACAGUUAUUCGGGAGGCACUCCAAAGACAGGUUGGUAUGACGUUUGGAGGGCCUUGGGAGGCACCGAAGGGAGGAAGUCAACGGCAGUCUCUUUCUUCGGCUCCACAGAUCCGAAUGAGCAUGCGUUUCUUCGCCGGAGAGUUUCCACAACCUACACCAUGUCCGCAGUGCUCGCCACGGAACCCAAAGUUCAGGUCGUUCUGGACUCUUUGUGGGAGCGGUUCGACGAGUUCGCCAAUAUGAAGCAGCCGAUCAAUUUGACCAAAUGGUCCUCAUACUUCACAUACGACGUCGUGGGCACACUUUGUAUCAGCGAGCCGCUUGGAUUUAUCCGGGACAGAGGAGACAAGAUAGGAUUCAUCUCCGGCGUUCACGAGGCCUUCUAUUGGUAUUACCGUCGUGGUUUCCUGCGGGUCGCUGCGGAAAAAGUCCUGCAAAGAAUGCACGACAAGACGAAGGACCAGCGUGAACGCGACAUGUUGGACCACUUCCUGGAGAUGAAAGAACCCCAGGGCCAGCCAGUCACGCUCCCCGAGCUCCUGGCUGACGUCGGCAAUCUCUUUGCUGCGGGCGCCGACACGAGCUCUGUUGCCAUCAGGGUGGUGCUCCUUCCGCUUCUGGCUGAUCCGGCCCGCUACCAGCGCCUGAAGAGCGAGAUCGACGCUGCGAGGGCAGCAGCUGGUAUCAUGGGCGAUUCUGAGAAGGCUUUAUCGUACCACGAAAUUAAGGACUUACCCUUUCUCAGUGCUUGCGUUAAGGAAGGGUCUCGAAUGCAUCCAAGUAUUAUCUGGCAGCUCCCAAGAAAGGCACCCUCCGGAGGUAUCAACAUUGAGGGCCACUACAUAAGCCCUAGCGCGACCGUCUCCAUAAGUCCACUCGCCCAGAACAGGUGUCAGGCCAUUCUCGGGGAGGAUGCCGACGAGUGGCGACCGGAGAGAUGGAUUGCAGGGGAAGGGAACUCAUCGGAGAGGAUCAAGGAAAUGGACAAGAACCUGGCAACGGUAAAGUCUUCCCUGAGGAUUUCCAAGACGGAAUUAAUGCUGAUAAUCGCAAUACUUUGGCUACGGUUCCCGAACAUGUGUCGGGCGGAACUUGGCAACAUCUGA